AAGUACAUGGCAGGUACCGCGGGGUGAUGUAAAUUGUAAUUCCGUAGUUCCGUGCCGCAAUUGACUGAUUCAUUCUCGAAUGCCUUUGUCGCUGGCAUUGCAUCUCUUCCGACUGAACUCGACUUAGUAUCUACAUCAUCUAUAAUUCAUCCCUUUCCGACUCCGCUCAACGCAAUCUCCUGAAAGCUUUACUGAACAAAUACUAUUUCAUGAACGCCAUGGACCAAGUUAUUCCCGGACUUUGGAUUGGAGGGCUUCCAAGCGCCAUGGACACAGAGAAUCUCAAAGAGAACAAGAUCUAUAGUGUUCUUUCGGCAAUGAGAGGAAAAAUAUCUAUACAUGAAACUUUCGUCAAGCAUCAAAUCUUUUUGGACGAUUCUGAAGAAGAAGAUAUCUUGAUACAUCUGUUACCAGCUAUUGCUUUUAUACAAUCUGAAUUGGAUAAGGGAAGAGGAGUUCUGGUGCAUUGUCAAGCAGGAGUCAGUCGAAGCGCAACAAUUGUUGCUGCAUAUUUAAUGCAUAAUAGACAAAUGGGCGUCGAAGAAGCUUUAGAUCUUAUACGGAAAGCCAGACCUGAAAUCGAUCCCAAUCCGGGAUUCAUAGCUCAGCUGGAGAUCUUUCACAAUGCUUCGUUCAAUAUUUCUCGGAAGGAUAAGGACACACGAUUGUAUUACAUGCAGCGAACGACGGAGGAAGUGAUGAAUGGCGAUGGUAGCUUACCUUCUACUGAUAUGUUCGCUCGUUUUCCUCGCUCCGCAAUUGAUUCGACUCCAUCUACUCCCGGAGGUACACUCAGAGGUCCUCGGCGUCGUAUUCGAUGCAAAAUGUGCCGUCAGGAGCUUGCAGCUCGAGAACACAUGCUGGACCACGGUCAAAUUGGCCCAGCUACCCCUGCAAUAACGCCUGCAGCAUCUCGUAGACCAUCUACAAAUCAGCCUCAACAGCCAAUUUCUCGUCGCUCGUCACGAUUGGGGUCGGAUUCGAGGCCACGGAGACCAUCUGGGUUGUCAUUUGGGGGCUUCGGAGAUGCAUUGACAAUGUCUUCAAUGAACGGUAGUAAUACCAGCUUAACAAACAAGACUUCCACCUCCGCCAUCGUUGAUGACGAUGAUGACGAUGACGAAGAAGGCGAACCUACAGCCAGACCAUUGAAUGAUAUCAAUGGUAGACCCGUAACUUCUCCCCCGUUGACUGCAACACCCAAAGGUCCUGCUGGAAGUCGUCCACCUGUCCCUCGCCCAUUUGGCAGUGCAUCAAAAAGCAUCAUGGAGACUAUGUCGAUGUCUGGCACUAUAAAGCUGACAAACAUCCGUCGUCCUUCUGGAUCUGCGACGCCAAGUUCUCCGAAUACCUUUGCGCAGGUGGCAACUCAUAUUGGGAGGAGGAUGUCUGAUGCAAUGCUGACGCCUCCGGUUGAGGAGACUCAUCCCUCUGCGAUUGAUACUGUAGGGCAUAGCAAUGGUACGAUCCUUGAGCCAGGAUCUGCAGAAAAAUCGGUGAAGGAAGAUACACCUCCGAUCGCUUCACCAGCACCGAAUUCUUCCCCUCAUUUAGCCCGAUCGUCGUCAGGAGUUUCCCCACCUUUAUCAUCCCCGAAUGAAUUUGCAGCACAAUUACAUGCUAAUCCUAAAUUAGCGGCGCUUCGCGGGGGAGUAUCACCACCCUUAUAUGGAACCACUCCUUUAGGGGUGGACAGUGCAGCUAGUGGGGGAGGGGGAGCAAAACCACAGCCAGUGAGCCCACCGAUUCUCAUGAACCCAAAGUGUUCAGGGUAUUUCGUCGAACCUAUGCAAUGGAUGGAACCUUUUCUCGAGGCGGGAGAAAUUGCGGGGAAAAUUGUGUGUCCGAACAAAAGAUGUGGGACCAAGUUGGGGAAUUACGAUUGGGCUGGGGUUCGUUGUGGGUGUAAAGAAUGGGUCGUGCCGGGAUUUUGUAUAAGCCGUUCCAAGGUUGACGAGAUUGUAGCUUGAGAUUCACUUAUAAUUGUCAAGGCGAAUAUGAAAGACCUUGAAAGCUGACGAGUAUAUAUAUACGUUGUGUACCUCGGCCUGUUGGUAAAAAAAACACAGAAUCGAUGCCGCAGUCAAGCGCCCAUUUAAUUAUUGUGUGGCG